AUGACCUGUGGUCAGCAGGUUGGCGCGGGGCAGAGGCCACGAGGACAGGAGGACAGAGCCCAGGGAAAACCCAGUGGACUUGAGGCCUCCCCUCCACCCUCCCUUCCACCCGCGGUGAGUGUGGAAGGACGGCUCGGCCACGUGGUCCGGAGCGGGGACCCCCAUGCCCAGGGGCGCAGCGCGGGCCGGGGUUGCGGAGGCAUGCGCUGGUUUGCAUGA